AAAGUAGGCAGGCACAGUAGUCAGAGCUCAGACAUAAAUGAAAGGUAGAGGAGGUAGCAGGCAGGUAUAGGUAAAAGCUGAAUAUAUGUUUAUGUGAGAGCCUAGCAUGAAGGCUGAGUGCCUGUAUAUAAAUGUGAAGGUGUUUGUAAGGCUGCCUGAAGGAGUGUAUACCGCUGAAGUAUACAUACGGGAGGGAAGCCUUGCUUGAAUCCAGUCUGGUAGUGCUUCAAGAGGAUAUGCUAAGGUCCCUUGCAAUCAUGAUGAAACCUAGAAGGGUGCAGAUGCUUUUGAUUUUGGCAGUUCUGUCCUUCCUUCUGAUCCACUUCCACUUCCCAACCUGCAGCAACACUGCCUCACUGGAAUUAAAACCUUCUCCAGUCCACAUCCUCAUUCUCUCCUCCUGGCGGUCAGGAUCAUCCUUCACUGGACAGCUUUUCAGCCAGCACCCCAGUGUCUUCUACCUGAUGGAGCCUGCAUGGCACGUAUGGGUUACAAUGUACCAGAACAGUGCCAAAGUCUUGCACAUGGCAGUGCGGGACCUGGUCAGGUCAGUCUUUCUCUGUGACAUGUCUGUUUUUGAUGCCUACAUGUCUAGCCAGAAGAAAAAGUCUGACUUAUUUCAGUGGGAGACAAGCAGAGCCUUGUGCUCCCCCCCUGCCUGUGACUUCUUCAGUCGCAAUGACAUAAUCACUGCAGGAAACUGCAGAACUCUCUGUGGCAAAUACUCAUUCAGCAAGGUGGAGGAAGCCUGUAAAACCUACAGCCAUAUUGCCAUCAAGGAGGUUCGCUUCUUUGACCUGAAGGUCCUCUACCCACUUCUCACCGAUCCGUCCCUGAACCUCAAAAUAAUUCACUUGGUCCGUGAUCCUCGGGCUGUGUUCAGGUCCCGAGAGAAUACAAUGGCAGAUCUGAAACGUGACAGUGGCAUUGUUGUGGGGUCCCAGAAGAUGAAAGGAGAAAUGGGACCUUACAAUACAAUGCAAGAAAUCUGCAAAAGCCACGUUGAGAUUUACAAGGCAGGCAGCCAGGCUAUUCCCAGCUUUCUGAAAGAUCGCUACCUGCUAGUUCGUUACGAAGACAUUGUCAGAGAUCCACUAGGAAAGGCUGCUCGGAUGUAUCGCUUUGCAGGACUCCAUUUCACACCAGAGCUUCAGAAGUGGGUGCACAACAUUACCCACGGGAAGGGAAAAGGAGGUCAAGCAUUUGAUAUUGGAUCCAGAGAUGCACUGAGCACAUCCGAGGCCUGGAGGAACACGUUUCCCUUCAAGAAAAUAGAAAAAGUGCAAAGCGUGUGCAAGCAUGCAAUGGACUUACUGGGGUACCGGCUGGUUCAGUCUGAAGAAGAACAGAAAAACACAUCACUGGAUCUUUUGUUUGGCCAGAAAAAAUUCUGAAAGCCGAAAAGCUGCUCUCUCUACCUCCUCUCUGAAGGCUGCAUGGUGGAGAACUAUUUACCAGUGAUGAAGAGGGUAGAGAUACAUCUGUGUGUGUAUGGGCAUGCUAGGUCAGGACAAGUAACACGGGAAUGCUGACUGCACUCAUUACAGUUUUACCAGCAGCAGCACAGGGUCACUCUCCAAAGCUACAACACAGGCUGGAGUAAUGCAAAUCUGUUUUCAAAAUUAAGUUCAGGGUGUAUGGGAAAGAGGAAUUAUGUGUGGAUGGAAGCAAACAGACUGCCAGAGUGGGAUUGGGUGUCAGAGCUCAAACCCCUUCACAAGCCAGAGCUAAGUACUAGUGAAACCAUGUGGAACAACUGCACUGCAGCGGAAGAGGAAAUAUAAAUGGAAGCCAAAUGAAAAGAAUACUCUUUGUUAUGCUGCCAUCUGGGAACAUGUAAUGCCAGAAGAAACACAAGGAUAACCAUACAGUGUUUUCUGGAAAGAUCUUUUUUUUUUCUUUUUUUCUUUCCAGAAUGGCUGUUUUCAAGGCAAGCCUUUUUCUUUUUUUCUUCCCCCCAGCCCCCCAACUCUAUUCCUGUGCCUGAGCCUCCAACAUUGAUGGCAGUGUUGGCAAAAUGCCUGCAUUCACUAGCCAUAUAGCAGGGAAAUGGAAUAAACCAGCUAUAAAUGAAAGAUCCUGGGUUUGCACGUAGGGAUCUAUUUCUGGGACUAGGUGAACCCAUUGAUUUUUUUUCAGCUGAAAUAAUUAUAUUUUCUAGCUUUCAAAACCAGAAAGAGUUCUUGACCUUGGAGUUCUCACAGUUCAUGUGAGACUGAGAAGAAUUCAUGCUAGUGCUAAGACUAAAAACAAGGUAGGAACACAAAUUCUAUUGAUAUACAUAGUGAAACUGAAGGAUAGGUUCAUGGCAGUGGAUUAAAAAAAGCUUAGAAGAAAACAAUAAAUUAUGAUAUUGCAUUAUUUGUUUGGUGAAAGUAUUUCCUGUCUUAGAGCGUGUGUCGGGGACCUAAAGGCCCGUGACUAAAGAAUGAUCCUGGGAUGGAACAAAGUAUUCUGACAGCUCUACAGGAACUGAUAUUUGUCUGGAGCCGCAAAUAUCUUGUUUUGUAAAGAGAGCUGACCUUGGUAGUUCAUCUUGUUUUUGUAAAGACUUGUUUUGCAAGCAGGUGUUCCACUUGGGCUCUGCAUCACACAUUGGCCGCACGGGUACAGCAUGCAGGUGGGAAAAACCGUGCAGACCCCUAGGAGAAUCAAAGCAGGAGAGAGGCUGCGGUGGGGGAGAGAGGAGAAGUGCACCCUUGAAGCAGUGGACACCCUGCUGGCACUGCCUAUCGAAUCCACCGCCAGCAUGGUCCUUCUCUCUCCUUUUUGGCAGUUUGUCAUCUCUCAAGGGUUGGUAAGUAAUAGUGCACUUGCUUAGGGAGUUUCUGCUUCCUACUUACAGGGAUUAUCUAAAAAUGGAUGCCUGUGUGCGUAUGAAUGUGUGUGUAUGUUGAUUAAAACUUGUAACCCUCUGUGCUGCUGAGCUUUGCUUGCCUCUGCUCCUGAGACAUCGUGGCUCUCAGAUCUAAAUAUACCCUGAAACAGAGCACCGUAAAAUCAUGUUUCAUAGACUAUGCCAUUCUCUACUAUCUCCCAUAUCAAUCAGAAAUGCCAUUCUUCCAUCUCCAACGGGAAUAUGCAGAUUAAACCCGAACAACAGAAUUAUUUUUAUCUAUCUACAGCACUUUGUAAGACCAGGGGGAAAGCUUGUUACCAGACACAUGGAAUGAAAUGUCCACAAACAUCCCCUUCCAAGCAUCCUGUUUCAAGUGCAAAUUGCAGUGUCCCUUUAACAUGGGUCCCCAGCUUAGUUAAAUGUUUCUUCUGAAAGUUUGAAGCAGAGCAAUCCAUGUCUAAAAAUUCACUGACUUAAUGUCUCAGUUUGACUCCAAGUUCCUUAAACCAAUUGGCAAGCAACAGCUCAUUUAAAUUAAUUCAUCAGGCAAAUUUACUACUGUAAUCUAUCCUGUUAACCAGGAAUAAACAAUCACAGACACGUUACAAGCAUCUUUACCUUGGGAGUACAGAGAACAACUGUGAGAGAUUAUUCCAGCUCCUCCCAUGAUCUUCAAAAUGGCACACUGUUAAUUCCUUGCACUUGCAUCACAUGUAAGAUAUGUGGGGAAAAGUUUAAUGCUUCUCUACUCUCUUUACAACACUUUCCUAAGGCCUGUACUGAUUUGCAGUACUGCUAGGAACACGGAUGUCUUUGCACUUCUCUAGUGACUGUAUUUGUUUGAAAGUGCGUAUGCAAGAAGCAGUGUCCAGGUUCUAUGUAUUGUGUUCAAUGGGUGACAGAGGAGGAGUGACCUUUACUGAUGAGCUGUCUUGAAUAACAGGAAAAAGGCUCUUCUGUCACAUUCACAGCAGCUGAAUUUCGUUAUUGUUGAUCUUGUUGUAGCAGAAAAUUGAUUAAGGUUUUAUAACGUGCUGAUUCUGCUAAGGAAAGCAGAGAAAGUAGUGUUAUAGAUGCUGAACAAUGAUGUUGGUUAUCAAGACAAAGUACUUGCUAGCUAGACUGGACUCUGGAAUAAACUGAGUCACCUGAGGUUAAUGGUCUGCUCUGGGACCGCCAUGAGUAGAAGCUCAGAGAAGUGGAUGGCUUCCCAACACAGCAGCAGCUCUGAAGGCGCCUUUGGUGAGGUGUCAGCAUUUCACAUCCUGCACACCUCUUUGAGGUAAGAGACCACCCUGCAGCAAUUAGGAAGGAAACUGCAGGUCCAGCUGUGGAGCAGGAGGUGACAAGUACAAGUUAGCCGCCCAGCAAGGGAACUGGUAGGAAUACAAUUUAUCAGCAGUGGGAAAGAUGGUAUGAGCUGGAGGGAAGAACAUAUUUUUCAAUUUCUGAUGUAACUCAGUAUAACUAUUUCUAAUUAUUUAGAUUUCACAAGCUUAGUAUUGCAGCAUUCUUCUUUUCCCUGAAAUACUGUUUCUUCUAAUACUUCUGUGUAUGCUCAUACCUCAUAUGGGAGCAGUGUGAGGCAGACUCCAGCUUAUUAACCAGUUAGCAGGGUUUUCCUGAUUUCCAGGUGCAGGACCAGAUAAAUGUCAGUGUUUUGGAAGCCCUUUGUAAUUGAAUAAAUGUGUCUCUUACCAGACAAAGUGCUAAACAGAGCCUAGCACACUGAAUUAUUCAGAUGCAUUACUAAGUCAGUAUACCGUGCAAGCUGGGUUUGUCCUAUAGCUGUUGGUGGUUCCUUCAGCACAAAAUCAGUAGCUAUCCAAAUCUUACCUUCAAUCAUUUUCAUUACGGAUGAAGCAAUCAGCCCCAAUCACCAUGACUGAAGACAUCUUAAAGCAGCUGGGACAUGGUCCCAAGCUAACCUAAGAUAGGUUUCCUCUAAAUGUAAAUCCUGUUGUUUAAACUUAAAAUCUUAUUCCUAAUGGCUGGAAAGAUUUUAGGUGAUAUUUUUGUAUCUUCCCAAAGUCUGAAUUUCCAUUUCAUCAAGUUGGAAUGAUAUUGACUCCAUUCUGAAGAUGGAGGUCUCAAUCUAGUAUUUUUCUAAAAAAGGCUUUUAAAGCUAGAUUGGAGGGGACAUCUGGUGUUCUGUCCAACAUUUAGGCUUCAGUCACAGAAUGACUACUGUUGGAAGGGAUCUCUGGAGGCCAUCUGCUCCAAAUACCCUGCUCAAGCAGGGACACCUACAUCAGGUUGCCCAGGACCAGGUCCAGGCUUCUUCUAGGGUCUUCAAGGAGGAGACUCCAUUACCUCUCUGUGCAGCCUGUGCCAGUGCUCCAUUACCCACACAGUAAAGAAGUGAUUUUUACAGAUCAACAACUACCGCAGCACUGAAGACAUCUGUAGUCCUAGAACUAAAGCCCUAGUUCUUAAAAAGGGUGGAAUAUUGUAUGUUAUCAAAAUCAGAGUCAUACUGCCAGGGAUUCUGAUGUUGAGUGUGAAAAUCCAUGCAGGGCAGUUCUGGUAUCAUGGUAUUAAGUCCACUAAAGCAAGGUACCUUCCUUUGCAUGGUAUUUAUACAAAGUUGGUGUAAGCACGCUGGCAUAGAGAAGUAUGAGUCAGACAGCACCAGAGAAGAGCACAGUUGCUGCAAUUUAAAAAAAAUAUAUCUUUUGCUUAUAGCUUAAAUCAACAUAUUCAGCUAAAAGCACAGUCUCAGAAGCCAGUUUUUACUGCAUAGUGAGGAGCUUUGCACUUGAAGUGCCAAGAAAGCUGUUUCUUCUCAGACAUAGACUCUCUUCAGUACAUUACUAAUUACACUUAUACACUAACUGAUGUUAACUGGAGUAGCGUAAGUUUUAUUAUGAAUAUUUGUUUUUGAUGGACUCCAUUCUUUGUAUCAAAUACUUAGCUGGGCAAAAUAACCUUCAGUGUUUCCAGCCUUCAGUAAACAAAUGACAUAAAAUGA